AUGACAGCUAUCCGGCGCCGAAACACCGAUAGACGCUCAGACGAAAGAGCCAUGGCGGCCACGGGUGGAGGGAAAAUUAGAAGCAGGAGAUAUCACAUCGCCUCUAAACCUUACGCCAAGAGUAAACAGCAGCAGUCAGGCCUCAUCAGUCGAGUGACAGACACAGUAAAGAGCAUCGUUCCUUCCUGGCUUCAGAAAUACUUCAAGAAUGAAGAUGCUCCUGAAGGAGGGGGGGCUGUACAAGGGACAGACCAGAACUGCCAGCCUCCUCCUACUCCACCUCCUCCUAAUGGCAGUGAAGAGGGACCUCCUCCCCUUGAUGGACGUGACUCCCCAGAGCCUAGCACCAGUAACACAGAGCCCUCAACCAGUCGGGCAUCCCUGAACUUUCAGGAGUAUGUGCUUUCUCGACCACCUCUGAGUCGCUCCCACCUCCAUUUUCCCCCGCUAGAUGCCUCCUCCCCAAUGCUGGGGGCUUCCAGCAGUCUCUUCUCCCAGCCCUCCACCUCCUCAGCCCCUGGCCCCUUUUCCACAGGCUUUUCCUUGGUCAAAGAAAUCAAGGACAACCUCUCGCAGCAUGAAGAUGAUAACAUUUCCACCACGAGCGGGUUCUCCUCUCGCGCCUCUGACAAAGAUGUCCCCACUUCCAAAACGGCAUCACUUCCCCAGCUUUGGUCACCAGAGAUGGACAGAACAAACUCUGGGCCCCAGCCCUCCCACUCCAGUCUGAAAAAGCCUGCUUUCAACCUGUCCGUUUUCGGAAAUUCCUCCAAUUCAACAUUAAACAGCACAGCGCUGAACUCCAGCCAGCUUGGAGAUUCUCCCUUCUACCCCGGGAAGACCACGUAUGGUGGGGCAGCUGCAGUCAGGAGCUCUCGCACACGUCCUGGAACGCCAUACCAGGCCCCGGUGAGGAGACAGAUCAAGGCCAAGCCUGCUGGUGCUCAGCCCUGUGGCGUGACCAGUGCUACAGCCAGACGCAUCUUGCAGUCCUUGGAGCGCAUGUCGAGCCCUCUGGCUGAUGCCAAGAGAAUCCCAGCAGCAGCCUCAUCCCCCAUGUCACCAUCGAUGGAUGGCACAAACCUAGAUGUUUCACAUUUCCAGUCGAAAAAGAAACGGAUGGAUCCUACCCUCCCGCCGGUUCAGAGGUUGGUGGUUCCUGCUGCAGCCUCUGUGUCAGGAAACCGCUCUGUGUCCUUCAGGCCUACUUUGACUCCUGGAGGAGUGAGCCGAACUCUGGACAGGACCCUAAGAGAGACGCCCACAAGACAAUCACCGCAACUACCUAAAGCAACCCCCGGUCCAUCUCAAAGCACAAUGGGUUCCAGUGGCCCAGCCUAUCCUCUGUCCAGCACGCCUGCAGCCAGCAGCGUCGGUUCUGGAGGGGGCAAGAUGAAGAGAGAGCGGACCAGUACACGACCCUCCUCCAAACGCCCUGAAGAGGAUGAGGUGGCUGAGAUACCCGACCUUCCAACCAUUUCACUUCCCAUCAGCACCUCCGCCUUGCCCACCUUCAGCUUCUCCUCCCCUCUUCCACCUCUCACCACCUCCACAACCAUCAGCACCCCCUCCAAGGCCACGGCCAUUACUCCUGCGAAGGAAACAUUCACAAAUAAGGAGCCUCCAACGGCCACGACACCCCCCUGUGUACCUUUUACAUUUUCCUCCCCUAUUGUCAAAGCAACUGCUGCUAGCCCCCCUUGCUUUUCCCCCUCGGCUGGAUUUACUUUUAGUGCACCUGUAGCAAAAAUGGGUCCCUCUAUGUCAAACGGGAAGCUCGCCACUCCCAUUGCAGCAGCAGUGAAGCCAGCAGCAAACAAAAGCACAGAAGACUUUGAAGGGCCCUUUAAACCAGCCAAGGUCCUGAAGCAGGGCAGCGUGCUGGAUCUUCUCAAAGCACCUGGUUUUGCCUCUCCUGUUGCUCGGACUUCCCCAGGCCCAGACAACUCUCCCCACCAGACCUCCACACAAUCCACUGCCCCCUCCUCCUCCUCCACUUCCACAACCACCUCUUCCCUCUCUUCUUCAACAGGGCUCAGUGAUUUGUUUAAAGCCCCGCUAAACUGGAGCUGUGAUGUGUGCUUGGUGCAGAACAAGCCAUCAGAUGCAAAGUGUGUUUGCUGUAUGGCCCCCCAGCCCAACUCCUCCUCAUCUAAAUCUAUGGACAGUAAGCCUUCACCCACAACCUCGGUUGGGCUGGAGAGCAGCAUCACGAACACCACCUCCACCACUACAACCACCACAGGUUUCGGCACAAUGUUUUCCAAACCUGCAGGAACCUGGGACUGUGAUACGUGUCUUGUUCUAAAUAAACCUGAUGCAGUAAAGUGUGUGGCCUGUGAAACGGCCAAACCCGGGACAGGACUGAAACCCUCACUGACUCUUCCUUCUGCCUUCUCAGCUGUUAAGACUGUACCCACCUCCACAGCCCCUGUUUCCACAGGGUUCAUCGGAUUUGGAGACAAGUUCAAAAAACCUGAAGGUUCAUGGGAGUGUGAUAUAUGUUUGGUACAGAACAAGGCAGGGGACACAAAGUGUGUGGCCUGCAUGAGCGCUAAACCAGGAGCAUCAGCAGGAACAUCAUCAGGAGCUUCAGCAGAAUCCUCUUCAGCCAGCACUGCUCCAGUGUUUGGUUUGGGAGAUAAAUUCAAGAAGCCAGAGGGUGCCUGGGAUUGUGAUGUCUGUCUUGUACAGAAUAAGGCUGCUGAUGUUCAGUGUGUUGCUUGUCAGACAGCCAAACCUGGAGCUAACGUGGAGCCUAAAGCUUUUGGUUCGUCUUUUGGUUCGUCAUCUGGUGGGACUUCAGGCUCUUCUACCUCUAGUUCUGGAGGUUUUAAGUUUGGCACAUCAGACAGUACCUCUGGGUCUGGAUCUGGAGGUUUCAAGUUUGGGGGCUCAUUUUCAGAAACCUCCUCGUCUUCAUCAUCAGGUGGAUUCAAAUUUGGAAUCCCAUUUGGAAGCUCCUCAUCAGAAACCACUUCUCAAGACACUAAUGCCUCAUCAGGGUUUAAAUUUGGCAGCUCAUCUGAGGGCUUUAAAUUUGGGGCUGCCUCUAGUGAUGACAAAAAGUCAGACCAACCUGCCACAGGUUCUGGGUUUAAAUUUGGAACCAGUGGUGGGAUAGUGUUUGGAAAUGGAUCGUCUAGCACAGAAAGCAACUCUUCUAAGGGCGGCUUCACCUUUGGACUGUCAAAACCUGAAGAGAAAACAUCAGACACCACCACCACCGCCACCACCACGUCAUCCUCUGUUAGUUUCACUCCUCCCGCUUCCUCUCAAGGAAAGAGCGACAGUGCUGCAUCAUCAAACGACACCACAUCAACAAUCACCAAUUUAACCACCACAACCACCACCACUGGGUCUGUUUUUGGGAGACUGGGAGAGCCAAGUUUGGCAACCACGACACCACAAGGGGGCUCUACGUUUGGAUCCUUACAGGCAGACAAAGAUCCAGCUGCUCCCACGUUUACCUUUGGGAAGCCAGAGGAAAAGAAGGAAGUCGCUGCCUCCUCAGCUCCAUCUUCCUUCCUCUUUGGUGCUUCUAGUAAGGAUGUAGAUGCGACACCAGCAGCGGCCACUUCUGGUGGCUUUUCCUUCAGCAAGCCCAGUGCUCCAACAGAACAACCUCCACCCGCAUACACCUUUGGAAAGCCAGCAGAUAAGAGCGAAACAUCUACUGCAGAGGCCCCAAAGCCCUCUUUCACCUUUGGACAAAGUGCUACAGAUUCAACUGCUGCUGCUCCAAAACCAGCAUUUUCCUUUAUAGCUAGUAAUCCUACCAACACCACCAACUCCACCACCUCGUCAUCCUCAACUCCAACUCCCAGUCUGUUCGGCAGCAGCGGCAGCAACAGCUCCACCCAGGCUCCAGCUCCCUCUGCAGCGCCCGGCACUUUCAUGUUUGGUCAGCCUGCUGCAACCUCCAGUGAUACUGCUCCAGCUAAAGCGUUUGUCUUUGGCCAGAACCAGGAUGGCCAGCUGCCUGCUCCCUCAGCUGCUCCUCUGAACUCUGUUCCCGCCCCAGCUCAAGCUCAGCCCUUCAUCUUUGGUGCUCCUGCCAGUGCUGCUGCCCCUGCCCCUGCCCCUGCCCCUGCUCCUGCUCCUGCCCCUGCUCCUGCUGCUCCAUCCUUCAGUUUUGGAGCAGCAGCACCCUCUGCUGUCUCAUCUUCAGCUCCGUCUGCAGCUCCCUCUCCAUUUGUGUUCAGCUCAGCCCCCGCUGGUGGGUUUGGGGCCAACCAGACUCCUUCAUUUGGCUCAUCUUUCGGAUCCCCUUUCACAGCUGCACCCUCCCAGAGCCCAGCCUUUGGGGCCAAACCCAAUGCCGCACCUGUCUUUGGACAGCAGGCCAACUCCACACCUGUAUUUGGGGCGGCUGCUAAUUCUGCACCAGGUGGAGGCUUUCAGUUUGGAGGAGCCAGUGCAUUCGGAGCUACAAACAACACCUCAGGUGUAUUUACUUUUGGAGUCGGUUCCACAGCAUCUCCCGCCCCCCCUGCCAACCCUCCCAUUGCACCCCAGUCAGGAGCACCUGGAGGUGGAUUCAACUUCUCACAACCCCCUACAUUCAAUAUUGGGUCAGCUAAAUCCUUCACCGCCUCUCCUGCUGGACAGCAAGCGAUUGCUGGGCGCAAGAUCAAGACAGCAGUGCGGCGCAGAAAGUAGAGCCCUGUGGACUUGACUAGAAAGCAGACAUGACUUUGACUUGACUUAUAUCCCAACUGAAGGCUGAAUAAAGUCCUGGAAGGUCUGAACUGGACAAACACUGAAAUAAUUUGGCAUAUGAAGAAGGGCUGAGGCUUAGGGCCGCAUUGUGCUCGGGCUUGACGGGUGGGUGGGUUUUAGCUGUAGGCUGGGCUGGUUAUUCAGAGGCUUUCACAUGUAGACCAGAGCUGUUAAUAUGUGAGACCAUCCCACAGAACUUCUCAUGAAAAAAACUGUUCACUGAGCAAUGACACUGACUUAGAAAACAACAAUCAAGCAAAGAACCCCCUGCUCGACAU